GCUACGUUGUGGUUAUUGGAUGUUUACAAACCGAACGGUAUCGUGUGAUUCUUCGUCAAAACUUUGAAAAGUUGAAUUUAUUUUAAGACAUUACACACUGACAGUGUAACAGUUUGAAGAUGUCAUACAACAAGUUAAAUGAAAACCAUCCCCCGUCUUACCAAGCAACAGCUCCACCUCAAGAGCCUCCUCCAAAGUAUGAGUCAGCAUAUCCACCACAGGGUGACUAUGGACAGCCACACACUACAACAGUAAUAACCAACCAACCGGUGAUUGUGGUCCAAAGUGGAUUUGGACCAUACUCAAAAGUCCUGACCUGUCCUAACUGUAGAUCCUCAGUCUCCACCAGUGUGAGUCACGAGGCGGGCGUACUAACAUGGUUGGCAUCAGGACUCAUUUGUUUAUUUGGUUGUUGGUUUGGUUGCUGCUUGAUCCCUUUCUGUGUCGACGACCUUCAGGAUUGUAAACACAUUUGUCCAAGCUGUGGCCAUUACUUGGGAAUAUACAGAAGAAUAAGUUAAUUAAGGAAAUCCAUUAAUCAGGGGAGAUAAUGCAUAUGCAAGGGGAGACAAUUAACUAAAAUCAGAUAUAAUUUAUAUAUUUAUAAUAUAUUUUUGUAUGUAAAUAGUUAGUUUAUUACAUAAAUAGGAAACAGGUGCUUGAAUAUAUUAUACCGGUAAUUGUAAAAAACAAUCAAUAUUUUUAUUAUGCAAAUUAUUAAAGACUCUUUGCAGCUAUUUUUUGUGAAUCUCUAAUACAAUAAAAAUUAUGCUUCUUUCAAAGGUUUAUAGAAUAGUUGUGGUUAUGUUUGGGAGAUUUGGAAAUUCCAUGUGUAUAGAAUAUUAAUAUGUGGUUUAUAUGUAUAUAUAUAUUUUCACAUUAUUAAGGUGGUAUGGGUGUCUUCCUCCAUCUUGGAUUGUAAAAAACAGAGAACCAAAGGUCAAGAUUUUUUAUCAAGUCAGCAAAAUUUGAUGCAGGAAUGCAGAUAUUUAAUGUGAAUUUUCAGUUGAAAGAACCAAUUUAUAAGAAUAUAACUUAUAAAUAUUUUUUUUUUUGCAAAUGUUGAUUAAUUUUGGUUGUUUUUUUUUUUUUUUUUUAAAUUGGCAUUUUAAGGGGAGGUAACUCAAACCAGUGUAUUUUCUGAAGGAAUCUACAAGGAAUUUUCCUCUUUUGUAUUUUAGCCGGGAAAAACAUAUGGUGACCCUAUCUUUUCUUUUGUUAUUCUCAAAGCAUUGUCUGAAAGCCAUCUUUUCCUUAAGUAUUUAACAAUUCUAUCAUUUUAUUUUAGACUCCCAUACCACCUUUUAUAUAAUUAUAUAGAUUUAUUUGUUUGUAUUAUUUAUUGUUGUGUUAUGCUGUUAAAUUUUUAUCAUAUUAUUUUCAUUUGUAAUGAACAUGAUUUGUACUAAAAGAUUUAAAUUGUUAAAACCAUGAUAAGUCAGAAAUGUUUUUCAUAAUGAGUCUGCAGAGCAAACAACAAUCAAUCAAUCAAUCAAUUUGAAACAAAAAAUACUGAAGGGAACAUUUUAUUUGUCUCAAAUCCAGUAUAAAGGGGGAUAAAGUUUAAAAUUAUUAUUCCUUUUGUCUUUAAAGAUUCUUAAGAUGACAUUAAGGCAUGAAUUUGUAAUCCUCAUAUGAACUAAACUGAGUAGAUAAUGUUACCUUAUUUACCUUAUUUUGUAUGAAGUUCUUAUAAACCCUGCAGUUCAAUUGUAAAUUUCUGUAUUUAUUCUGAUUUUACACACUUUUACACAAACUACUUCCCUUUGUCAAUUAUAGACAAAAUUAGCUUCAGCCCACACAAAGCAUUAUUAGUUUAAAGUGAUUUAAGGAAUUACUGUAAUAUUUUUUAUCAUUAUGAAGAAAUAACAUCAAAAAUGUGGUGCACACUGAAUAACAUGUUUAAUGGGUUAUUUUAAAGUGUGCACCACAUUUUUGUGUUAUUUUUAAUAGACAGAAAAAAUAUUACAGUCAUUCCUUAUAAUUUAUUCUAAAUUCCAGUUUAAGCCGGAGUAAAUCAUGAAAAAAAGUCGAUAAUUUUUGUAACACUUUCAAUUAAUAUUACCUUAUAAUGCCUUGAUUGUUAUGAUACUAUUGAUUGCCUAUUGUUAAGUUUUCUUUAUAAAGGUUGAAAAUGUACUAUGCAUCUUUUGUUAAUAAAAAAAUGUUUUCAGUCUA